CCUUAUUCUUAGUUUUUUACCAGUAUUUUUUUUAGAUUCUGUUGAGGUUACAGAAAUCGAUUAUUGGGGAUCGGUGGUUGGAGUACGAAGACUGAAUUUUAGAUCUUCGUUUAUUUAUUUUGCUGGAGUUUGUUCAGUUGAGGAGGUAUAGAAUCCGGGUUUUGAUCCCGCAUGACGAUUCCUGGUUCUGGUUACUUGAUGGACAAUGAGGCGAGUUGCUUGCCGUGCACGCCGGAGGAAGAAAAAAGGAUUAUAGAGGAGCUAACGAAAGAGGCAGAAUCUAAGUUGAAGGAAGGAAAUUUGUAUUACGUUAUCUCCAACAGAUGGUUUAUGGAUUGGCAGAGAUACAGUGGACAAGAUACAGGUGAUUGUCCAAUGGAUGAGCAUCCCAGUGGUUCCCAACUUUCAAAUGGAUUUCGUUCAAAGAAAGCAGAUAGACCUGGACAAAUUGAUAAUACUCUUCUAGUUAAGAGUGGCAGUGAUGGUAAAGUUAAUGACCUGGAACUUGUUAGACCACUGGAGGAAGGACGCGAUUAUGUUUUGAUCGCUCAGGAAGUCUGGAAGAAGCUUCAUGAUUGGUAUAAAGGGGGACCAGCACUGCCUAGAAGGUUGAUUUCUCAAGGUGUCCUCCAUAAGAACUUUACUGUAGAGGUUUACCUUCUCUGUCUUUACUUGAUUGAUUCUAGAGACAACAGCCAGUCAGUUAUCCGGAUAAGUAGAAAGGCUUCUGUACGUGAGCUGUAUGAUCGGGUGUGCUCAUUUCACAAGCUAGAACAGAAGAAGGUUCACAUUUGGGAUUACUUCAAUAAGCGGAAACAUUCAUUAUUGGCUAUUUCCAAUAAUACGCUGGAAGAGAUGAACUUGCAGAUGGACCAGCAUAUGCUCUUGGAGGUACAGCAUAGUGGGUUUUUGUCAUCUGGAUUCGGCAUGGACUCAACAGGAAAUGAAUUAGCUCUGGUACCAAUUGAACCUUCAAGGUCACCUGUAACUAUUGCAGGAGGUCCAACCCUGUCCAAUGGCAAUUCAACAGGAUUUGGUUCCAGUUUGCUUCAAGGAAAUAAUUUAAGUUCAGUACUGAUGGAUGUUGAUGAUGUAUAUGGCCCAUUGAGCACUGUGACAAAAGGUGACAGAGGAGGGUUGGCAGGAUUACAGAAUCUGGGAAACACUUGCUUUAUGAACAGUGCUAUUCAAUGUCUGGUCCAUACACCCCCACUAGUUGAUUAUUUCUUGCAGGACUAUAUCGAGGAGAUCAACAUGCAAAAUCCUUUAGGAAUGCAUGGUGAGCUUGCAGUUGCUUUUGGUGACUUGCUGAGGAGAUUAUGGUCCUCCGGACGGACACCAAUUACUCCACGUGCAUUUAAGGGAAAACUAGCUCGUUUUGCUCCCCAGUUUAGUGGGUACAACCAACAUGAUUCUCAAGAACUUCUUGCCUUCUUACUGGAUGGACUACAUGAGGAUUUGAAUCGUGUCAAGCACAAGCCUUACCUUGAAACAAAGGAUGCAAAUGGUCACCCUGACGAGGAAGUAGCAAACGAGUGUUGGGAAUAUCACAAGGCUCGAAAUGAUUCCAUAAUUGUGGAUAUUUGUCAGGGUCAGUAUAAGUCAACACUGGUAUGCCCAGUUUGCAGCAAAGUUUCAGUGACUUUUGACCCCUUCAUGUACUUAUCAUUGCUGUUACCUUCAUCUGUUACACGGUCAAUGACAAUUACUGUUUUUUAUGGUGAUGGAAGUGCUCUUCCCAUGCCAUUUACCGUGACACUGCUCAAACAUGGUUGCUAUAAAGAUCUUACUCAGGCCUUGAGUAAUGCAUGCUGCUUAAAGAGUGAUGAAAGCAUCUUACUUGCAGAGGUGUAUGAUCAUCGAAUAUAUCGAUACUUGGAGAAGCCUAGUGAUCCAUUAUCUAUGAUAAAGGAUGAUGAGUAUAUUGUAGCCUAUCGACUUCCUAAAAACCACAAUGAAUUAACAAGAUUAGAGAUAGUUCAUCGAAGUAAGGGAAAAGCCACGUCGGACAUGAUUAACAGCGGGGAUUGGAGACUUUUUGGUACACCCCUGGUUACUUUUCUGGGAGAGGGUCCACAAACUGGAACUGAUGUUCAAAUUACCAUACAUAAAGUGCUUGCACCAUUGCAGAGAAAAUCAUAUUUUUCGUUAACUCACACCCAUGCCAACAAAGAUAAUGGUACUGCUCCAGGUAUUGAUGUUGAUCAAUCUAACAGCUGCGACCCUCAAUCUGCACUUAGGAGCCAAGCCAUAGACAACAUGGAACUAGAGAAGACAUCUAAUGGAGGGUUGUCAUACCAGCUCUCUUUAACUGAUGAGAAGGGAUUGAGCUACAAUCCCCUUGGAAAUGAUUCUCUUAUUGGGACUGUUGAAUCCAUUAGGGUUGUGUUGGAUUGGUCCGACAGAGAACAUGACAUGUAUGACACAAGCUUCCUUGAGGAUCUUCCUGAGGUCUACAAGAGUGGCUUUACUGUAAAAAAGACACGGCAGGAAGCAAUCUCUCUGUUUUCCUGCUUGGAAGCCUUUCUGAAGGAGGAACCCUUGGGGCCUGAUGACAUGUGGUAUUGUCCUACCUGUAAGGAACAUAGACAAGCAUCCAAGAAAUUGGACUUGUGGCGGUUGCCAGAGGUUUUAGUUGUUCACUUGAAACGAUUUUCCUAUAGCCGAUAUCUGAAGAACAAGCUUGACACCUUGGUGAAUUUUCCUAUCCAUAAUCUUGACUUAAGCAAGUAUGUGAAGAGUAAGGGCGCUGGUCCUCAAUCACAUGCAUAUGAGCUCUAUGCCAUCAGCAACCAUUAUGGUGGCCUAGGAGGUGGCCACUACUCUGCAUAUGCAAAGUUAAUUGACGAGGAUAGAUGGUAUCACUUUGAUGAUAGUCAUGUUUCUCCAGUUACUGAGGAUGAGAUCAGGACAUCAGCAGCUUAUGUAUUGUUUUAUCGAAGACUUGAACCAAAGCUGGGUGCAGAAGGGUCAUCUAAGUUUCAUCUCCAAGCAACUGAAGUUGAUGCCAAGAGUAUGCAUAAUAGCACUUAGCUAUGGUUCUUUGAUAGCUUUGGUGCUUUCCUGGGUUAGGCACAGAUUGCGUUGGCCCUACAACAAAUACUAGUCGAAAUGGAUGAUUUUUGUGGGCUGAAGGACAGCCAAGCGGGUCCAGCUUUUGAUUAAUAAGGUAGGGUAGGAAGUGAAACUGGUGCAGGAGGAUAUAGAGUAUCAUUCAGUUUAGAGGACAAAUUGCUGAUUAAAAGGCAAGCAAAUUAAAUUUUGCUGGUUUACUAUUCAUUUUUGCAAUGAAAUUUUGAAGAGCUAGUCUGGCAGUACAUAAAUUAUAGGGAAAGUAUUUGUUCCCUGAAUGAUGCACAGGUUCGGCCUGCCC